AUGGCAGAUAAGGACAAAAACGUUUCUUUUGCCCCUCCCCUUCCGCGAAUACAUGGCCCAAAACUGCCGUCAUUUUCUGUCACCGGCAAUGCACAGAUCGAUUUCCUCAAGCCUCUGGGCCAAUCUGAGGACCAGGACGCUUGCGUAUGGGAGGUUCAGAUUGAGGGCAAGAGAUAUGCUUUGAAGAUGGAAUACUGCAGUGAAACCGCUCCGUUUCUCACUCGUGGGCUGAAAAAAGAAGAGUCUUACGUUGAUUAUUAUGACCCUUUCAACUGCGAAUGUCGAGUCUACGGGCGGCUGAGGGAUGAGGAGCGCCAAGACCUGGCCGUUCGCGCGUAUGGUUACCUUCUCCUGACGCCAGAACAAGAGAAAUUCGUUGCUGAAAAGGAGACGGGGGAUCCCCAGCCGCAAGGACUCGAAAUAUUGGACGGAGACGGCUUCUGGGAGCGGUGGGAGGAGCACCGAGGUCAGACGGUCCGAGCCAUCGUCAAAGAACUGGUUGUUCCGCGUCCAGGUGAAACUGGCCCUUUGGAAUUUCAAGCGUCUCACGUCCCACAGAUGUGGAACGAUCUAGACACACUCCAUUCUUUGGGCAUUCUCGUGCGGGACAUCCACUACGCGAACUAUCUCAGCGGGAAACUCGUUGAUUUCAGCCGGGCAUGGACCAUGUAUCACCCCAGCCUCGAUCUCAUUCCGCCAAGCAGCUAUCAGGCCGUCCGCAAGACUGAGGUUCUGGAUUUGGAACAGCUGAUUUAUGAUUUCUGGACCCAGAAUCCCUCGGUCGUCCCUGAAGAUUUUAAGCUUCCUCAGGGCUUACUCAACUGCACCGGCAGUAACCUGGCCUGCGGGGAGAGUCCUCGGGAGUACAACUGGCAGGCCAGAGAGGAGGAAGUCUUCGUACCCGAAGAUCUGUUCAGUUGA